AUGUGCGGACAUGCCUUACAUAGGCACACGCCGCACAGUAAUGACUCCCUCACCCUCACCGUCCACCGCGCGGUCACCGCAGUCUCCGCACUCGCCGUCAGUCCGUCACCGCUCCAGUUUAUUGGUGACCCCAUCCUGGCCAUCCUGGCCAUCCUGACCAUCCUGACGACCCAUGGCCCUCUAUGGAUCCGCGCAGUCCGCCUCGGCAAGGAGAACCCCUCCACCGUCGUCUACGAGGUCGUCCUCUGCUACCCCCACAACAGGGCAUGCACCAUCAACCGCACGUGGGAGGACUUCCAGAAGCUGAAGUCAGGGCUGGGCAGCUGGCGCAACGCCCCAACCUUCUGUUCGCCGAAGGACAUCGACGGCCUGCAGAGUUUCCUCUGCGAGGCCAUUAGCAAGAAGGGCCGCGAGGUCGCAAUGGAGUUCUUCCUACGCCGGAGGAUGGACGACUGUGGAGGAGCCUGA